AUGUUGCAUUUAGCAAGCAAUCCCCGCCAUGUUGAAGACUUGCGAAAGGAGAUUAUUGAGGUGCUCACUGCCGACGGCCUGAGCAAGGCAGCACUCUCCAACCUAAAGCUCAUGGACAGUGCUCUAAAGGAAACCCAACGACUUACCCCAGUUAGCUACUUAUCAAUGAAAAGGAUUGCAGCAGAAAAGGUCACGCUCGCGGAUGGCACGGUCAUCAACAAAGGUGAUUACACAGUUGUAAACGGUAAAAACAUGGCCGACCCGCCAAUUUGGCCCGAAUCAGAAAGUCCCGAUCACAUGGGAUUCGGCCAUGAGGAUCAAGCGUGCCCUGGCUGUUUCUUCGCUGCCAACGAGCUCAAGAUUGCAAUGUGUCAUCUUUUGCUAAAGUAUGACUGA